UGUCCCGGCCGCGCUGUGCGAGCGCGCCUCUCUAUGGUGGUGCGGCGCUCUGGCCCGCGCUCGGUGGUGUGGGCGGGGCGGCGCGGGGCCGAGGCCGCCAUGGCCGCCAUGGCCGGCGCGGGGCCGGGCCCGGCCGAGGGGCCGUGUGUGCUGUGCUGCGGGGAGCUGGACGUGCUGGCGCUCGGCCGCUGCGAGCACCCCAUCUGCUACCGCUGCUCCGUGCGGAUGCGGGCGCUCUGCGGCGUCCGCUACUGCGCCGUGUGCCGGGAGGAGCUGCGGCAGGUGGUUUUUGGGAGGAAGCUCCCAUCCUUCUCCUCCAUAGCCCUUCAUCAGCUGCAGCAUGAGAAGAAAUAUGACAUUUAUUUCAUGGAUGGGGAGGUCUAUGCCCUGUACAGGAAGCUGCUGCAGCACGAGUGCUCCUUGUGCCCCGAUGCCAAGCCCUUCAACACCUUUGCAGACCUGGAGCAGCACAUGAGGAAGCAGCACGAGCUCUUCUGCUGCAAACUCUGUGUCAAACACCUAAAGAUUUUCACCUCUGAAAGGAAGUGGUAUUCCAGGAAGGACCUGGCCCGGCACCGGAUCCACGGGGACCCCGACGACACGUCCCACCGGGGGCACCCCCUGUGCAAGUUCUGCGACGAGCGGUACCUGGACAACGACGAGCUGCUCAAACACCUGCGCAGGGAUCACUACUUCUGCCACUUCUGCGACUCUGACGGCGCUCAGGAGUACUACAGUGACUACGAGUACCUGCGGGAGCACUUCCGCGAGAAGCACUUCCUGUGCGAGGAGGGCCGGUGCAGCACGGAGCAGUUCACGCACGCCUUCCGCACCGAGAUCGACUACAAGGCCCACAAGACAGCCUGUCACAGCAAGAGCAGGGCCGAGGCCCGGCAGAACCGCCACAUCGACCUCCAGUUCACCUACACCCCCCGGCACCCCCGCAGGAACGAGGGUGUUGUAGGUGCAGAGGACUAUGAAGAGGUUGACAGGUACAACAGGCAAGGGAGGACGGGCAGGUUGAACGGCCGGGGGAGCCAACAGAACAGGAGAGGCAGCUGGAGGUACAAGAGGGAAGAAGAAGACAGGGAUGUUGCAGCAGCAGUCAGGGCGUCUGUGGCAGCCAAACGGCAGGAAGAGAAGAAAAGGGUGGAGGACAAAGAGGACGGCGGCAGCAGCAGGGGGAAGAAGGAGGAUUUGAGGGAUCCCGACGUGCUCGGCUCCAAACGUGUGCCAAAGGCUCCGAACGAUGUGGCAGAAGCAGCUGCUAACGGUGCUCUCAGCCAAGACGACUUUCCAGCAAUUGGCUCGCCAGCAGGACCUCUCCAAGGCUCUGCCCAGCCAGCACUGGUUAAGCUUAAAGAAGAAGAUUUCCCAAGCCUGUCAUCCUCUGCAGCUCCCACCAUCUCGUCUGGGAUGUCUCUGACAUACACAGCGACUGCAAAGAAAGCGGCCUUCCAAGAGGAGGACUUCCCAGCCCUGGUGUCCAAAAUGAAGCCCAACAAUAAGACAGUAACUAACAUCACAUCUGCGUGGAACAACGGUUCCAGCAAAAACGUGGUCAAAGCCAUCACCAACCCCUGUGUCAGCCAGCCAGCCAAAAAACCAUCCUUGAACACCUCGAAGGGAAGUAAGAAGAGCAAUAAACUCUGUGAGUCGGACGACGAAGACGGCGGCGGUGGCUUGACCACCCAGGAGAUCCGGAACACGCCGACCAUGUUCGACGUCUCGUCCUUGCUGGCGGCUUCUACCUCACAGACUUUUACGAAAGUGGGCAAGAAAAAGAAGGUGGGGGUUGAGAAGCAGAGACCGUCGUCCCCACGCCCGUCCCCGGACACGGCGUUCCCCAGGCCAUGCGCGGAAAAGCCCCCGGAAGCAGAGCAGCCCUCCAGGGUGUUCCCUGCUCCCCAUGGCCCUGACAGACCCACAGCUGUCAUGAAUGGUCACUCGGAAAAGUCCUCAGCGGUCUGUGGUACACCCAAAGAGCCCCCCGGCCUUAAAAAGCCCACAGUGACUAACAAAUGCCCUUUACCUCAGGAAGACUUCCCAGCUCUUGGGAGCUCAGGAUCAGCCAGGAUGCCCCCGCCACCAGGCUUUAACUCCGUGGUGCUGUUGAAGAACCCUCCUCCGCCUCCGGGCCUGUCGGUGCCUGUCAGCAAACCCCCCCCGGGCUUCGCUGUCAUUCCAUCCACCAACAUCUCUGAACCUGUCACUACAGCUCUGAAAGAGCCAAAACCCUGUCAUGGAUCAUACUUGAUACCUGAGAACUUCCAGCAGAGGAACAUCCAGCUCAUACAAUCCAUUAAAGAAUUUCUUCAAAGCGACGAGUCCAAGUUCAAUAAAUUUAAAACUCAUUCUGGGCAGUUCAGGCAGGGUGUGAUCUCUGCAGCACAGUACUACAAGAGCUGCCGAGAGCUGCUGGGGGAGAACUUCAAGAAGAUAUUUAAGGAGUUGUUGGUGCUGCUGCCGGACACGGUGAAGCAGCAGGAACUGCUCUCUGCUCACAACGACUUCCGAGUCAAGGAGAAACAAAGCUCCAACAGGCCCAAAAAGAACAAAAAGAACGUUUGGCAGGUGGACUCCCCCGUGGACCUCGACUGCUACAUCUGCCCCACGUGUAAGCAAGUGCUGACUCAGCAGGACGUGGUCACCCACAAAGCUUUGCAUAUUGAGGAUGAGGAGUUCCCUUCCUUGCAGGCAAUCAGCAGGAUCAUCAGUUAGCUUUCCUGAGGGCCCACGCACCAGGCUCUGGCUCUGGAGAUGCACUUUUGGAAUGAGGUUUGGCAGCGUAGAGUGGCUGAGGGCCGGUUGAGUCAGUGAGGAGCAGGUAAUUUGGGGAGCCCUCUCGGGGCAAAGGGAUCAUGGGAAUGUGCUGGAGCUCAUCCCUCCCACAGUCUGAGCUCCCAAAAUCUGGGGUAGGGUUAGGCUGAGCCGCAGGGUGGGCAGGCAGGGGCUCCUUCCUCCUGGAACAUGCAAUAGCUGGGAAUCCUUUCUGAUCUGCAGACUGACAGGGGACACGAUAGGGGAAUAAGUAUCUGGUUUGGGGGUUUCUUUCUGGUUUUGGGGUGGGGGAAGAUUAGGGAAUCACUGAAAUGAACAGAAGUGGCUUCCCUUAUAACAUUCUGAUUUUUUUGUGCUAUUUCAGUGAAGAUCACACUAGUCAGGGGUACAAAGGUGCAGGAAAGAUGCUGCUCACUGGUGUGACCAGGAGCGCUGCAAACACUGGGCUGCAGAGUUUCCUGUCUGCAAACAGAGUCCAUUCUGCUGCUUGAAGAAUUGGGCUGGUCUGUGCAAGAUUUGAAGUUGCCUCUGACCUUUUCUGUAACAUGUUCUUUCAAGAAACUGAUUUUGUAGCCCUGCAUGUACAGUAACAGCAUUAAGGCUUUACUCUGUGUAAAGCACACGGGAAUUUUAUUUAAUGACUGCCAUGUUUCUAAUUUCUUGGUUGUAUUACUGGUGGGAGCUCCCAACAGCAUCCUGGGACAUUAAAUGCUGCUGAUCACUGACCAUGUUUUCUGCAGUGCCUUUAAGUGCAUUUCUCUGACACCUGCACCUCCCUCGGUGACACCAGGCUGAUGUAGCUUUGCUCAUGUUUUUUGGCAUCCACAAAUUCCACCUCCUCAGAGGAAGAGGGGGAAUCUCUUCAUCCUGUGAGGUGACUCCUCCAGCAGCAGCUCUGAGGUGCCGGAGUGCCAAGAGCCCUCCCUGCCGUGCACUUCCAUGGCUGUAGUUCAGUGUCUGACCCCUCCCAUCUCCAGGUUUAGUUAUUUUUAACAUGCAGGAAUAAAGCUGAAAUUAAUUUAUGUAAUUUUUAGUGACAAAACACAGCUUUUCUAGAGGCAUCAUUUCCAUGAAAUCAAGCUCAGAGUUAGUCCUGCUACAGCCACUUUUCCUUGCCUUACAAGUUAUUUUUGCUUGCUCAGGCUGCAAAGUGCUUCGGGUUUCUUUUCUGGGUAUUUAAGACUCUUUUGAACACCUGAACGUGUUGUAUUUGGCCCCAAAUGGGGCUGGGGAGGAUGACUUGCCUGCAUGGCUGUUCAGACACUGCAUGAGCACAUGAAGAGUCGGGACAUGUCCCUGUUGCUGCCUCAGGUGGGACCCUGGAUCCGAGCGGGACGCGAUGCCCGAGGCACAGCCACCCCACAGGGCUGGGGGGGAUGUGGGGGGUGCCAGCUGCCCCCACCACUUCAGUCAGCUCCUCUCCCAUCUUUGGUUUGUAAAGUUCAGGGGGCUGAGAUGCAUCUUCCCUGCAGCAGGAUCUUCCCUCUUCCCUUGGUUUUCACUCUUUCUCUGUCAGCAGCUCCCUGGUUCCCUGGGCUGGUGCUGCUGGGAGUUCCCUCGAGGCUCUGGAUCUCCAGGGCCUGCUCUUGCAGUUUCCUUGUUUCUUGUGCUCACCUGAUUAAAUAAAGUUAUUACCAAAUUUUUUUUCUA